AUGUCAGUCCUGGGAGACUCCAGGCAGGGGUCUCAGGCUGAGCAGCCCUGUUCAUUUCCAGCUUGGGGGUCUCAGGAAGGUGGAGGCCUUGGUCUGAAGGUGGCAGGCAUAGAGAGAGGUGAGGACCUUGCUCUGAGGGGCCCUGUUUCAUGUGAGGAGAGGGGAGGGGGCCCAGGCCCUGCCAGGCAUCCAGAGGAGGAUCUUGAGGCAAGAGGGGAAGACCUUGGUCUGGUGGGCGUGCCUGAGUUCAGCAGCGGGAGGAGUACCGCAUGCUGCCAGGUGUCAAGGGCCCUGAGGGAAGAUUUGCUGGACCUCCCACCCUGGGAGAGGGGGUCUCAGGGAGGUGAAGGCCUUGGUGUGAGUGAGAAGACAGGUCAGCUGAAGGAGUCACGUCAGGUCAGAAGAAAGAAGAGUCCCAAGCUCUACCAGAGUCAAAGUAAGGACCCUUGGAAUGUGACCUCUUGCCUUAGGCUAGCAGAGGCACAGGAGGAGAGGGCACAAGCCUCGUUAGAGGAAAGGCCCGUGGGAUCCCAUCUCCCACCAUCCUGCUUACACUUCUACCUGCUGCCUCCAACAAGAGUCAUCAUGCCUCGCUCUCCAAAGCAUCUGCGCCUCACAUUUGAGCCAGGCUUUCAGACCCUAAGUGACGUACAAGGCCUGCUGAUAGUACAGGUUCCCACAGCUGAGGAGGAGGAGGAGGAGGAAACUGCCUCUAGUCCUCAGAGCUCCUUCUCCUCCAUGUCAUGGAGCACAUCGGAUAGAAGCUCCAGCAUCCAAGAAGAAGAGGGCACACGCUCUCUCCAGGCCUCAGUAGACACCAGAUCCUUGCUCAGAGAACUGCAGGAUGAAAAGGUGGCUGAUUUGUUGCAUUUCAUGGUCCUCAAAUAUCGACUGAAGGAGCCCUUCACAAAGGCAGAAAUGCUAAAGGUUGUCAGCAAAAAGUACAAAAACCAAUUUUCUGUGAUUUUCAAGAAAGCUUCUAAGCGCCUAGAGGUGAUCUCCGGCAUUGAUGUGAAGGAAGUGGACCCCAAAAUCCACUCCUAUGUCCUUGUCAACUCAUUAGACCUCACCCAUGGUGAGAUGCUUAGUGAUGACCAGAGCAUGCCUAAAAAUGGCCUCCUGGUAAUCAUCCUGGGUGUGAUUUUCAUAGAGGGCAACUGCGCCCCUGAGGAAAACAUCUGGGAUUUCUUGAAUAUGUUAGGCGUGUAUGCUGGGAGGAAGCACUUCAUUUUUGGGGAGCCCAGGAAGCUCAUCACCAGAGAUUGGGUGCAGGAGAAUUAUCUGGAGUACCGGAAGGUGCCUAAUAGUGAUCCUCCACGGUAUGAAUUCCUGUGGGGUCCAAGGGCCUAUGCUGAAACCAGCAAGCUGAAAGUUCUGGAAUUUUUGGCCAAGAUCAAAGGAACUGACCCCAUUUCCUUCUCAUACUGGUAUGAGGAGGCUUUAAGAGAUGACGAAGAGAGUCGGGGCCACAGUUGGCCCCUUGGAUAG